AUGACUGAGGUUCAGUCGAGUGCUGGUGCAGAACAAAAGUAUGGGGGUGCUGAAGGGGCGGAUGCUAUGUAUGUAAAGCUCGUAUCGUCAGACGACCAUGAGUUCUACGUCCGUCGAGAGCAUGCUCUUACGAGUGGCACCAUAAAAGCAAUGCUUUCGGGUCCAGGUCAAUUUCAAGAGAAUGAAACAAAUGUUGUACAUUUUCGUGAAAUACCAUCACAUGUAUUACAAAAAGUAUGCAGUUAUUUCGCUUAUAAAGUACGUUAUACAAAUAGUUCAAGUGAAAUACCAGAAUUUCCUAUUGCUCCAGAAAUUUCAUUAGAAUUAUUAAUGGCUGCUAAUUUUUUAGAUUGUUAA